CAAGAAGGCCAGGGUAGGGCGAAGCCUGGCGGAGCGAGACGCGUUAUCCCCAAAGAAAGAAAAGAAAAACAACAGCCGUGCAUCGCUGUCUUUCUGAGAAGCUAUGAUUUGCGGCGUUUGACUCUACUUCUGUAUUUGCAGAUGCUAUUUCCAGGCAUGUGAACCGAACGGUUCCAUACGUGCAGCAUCUGUCAGAUGUGAUGAAAGUCACAAAUCCGAAAGGACAGCAAUCAUGGUUUUGAGAAAUUGAUCUUUCUGGAUAUUAACGCCAUUGUAUUUGCCACAGCUGCACAGUUAUUGGGAAAUCCAUGCAAAAAAUUAAGAUGGAUCACACAGGAUACAUGUAAAUGGGAUACAGCUUCUGUGAAGAGCCCAUGUGGAGUUAACAUAUUUACAAACUGUGGUAAAACGGCUUCAAACAUGUCCCUUUCUACAAUACUCGCAAAGGCACUUUUUGAUAAUGCUGCUGAAAGCCCAGAGGAGUUGGCUUUCCGUAAAGGGGAUAUCCUGAUGGUUCUGAACCAGGAACAGGAUGGUGGACCAGGGUGGUGGCUCUGCUCCCUACAUGGCCGUCAAGGCAUUGCCCCUGCCAACCGAUUACGCCUGCUCCAAAGUACUCAGGCUCCGGCUUCGAGUGCAGGUACAGAUGCCCGACAAACUCCUAGUGUGGACUCUGUUCAUAUACCUUCUGGUCAGCAGGGCAGGGUAAAUGGAUUGAGUGCUGAAGAUUCGGAUGGGGUGUAUCUCUCACCACCCAGCUUAGCUGAAGGGGUGUAUCAGAGCCCUGGGGCUGCUCCUGCCCAGUGCAGAUCUGGAGAGCUACGCCACUCUGAUGCAGGAAGACCACGAUCACAUUCUAGUUCUGGAACCAGGCCUCGUCCGGACUGGGGGGAUGUAGGUGUGGCGGGACGACCACGCUCACCUUCACUUCGAGGACGGGGUGGUGAGUCAGGGACCCUCUACCAGACACCCACCUCUCCUGCGCCACUGGCAGCACAACACAGAUCACAAGUUGCUUUGCCAACAGAUUCAGUCUACCUGACUCCAAGUGCUGUUCCCAGGUCUGCUGCAGAAACAGCAGGGGAGUCGAGGUAUUUAAGUCCACGAGAUGCAAGCGCUGGGCAUUCUGAUGGAUGCUACUUGGUUCCUAGACCAGCUGUCACUGCACUGACAAGUGAGAAUUUAUAUCAGACUCCUACAAGUGGUGCCCCAGUGUCAGGACAGAGUGUAGCAGGAGUGACUUCUAGACUUGUGGAUAAGAUAGCUCUCAGAAACAGCCCAUCUUCCCCCAUUAGUCCAUCUCAGAAUAAGAGUGGCCAGGAUGCCCCAGGGAUGUAUCAAACUCCGACCCCACCUGGAGGAGCCAUAUCAAGGACCUCUCAAUCUGACCGUAAAAACCCAGCUGGAACUGUAGUAGUGUCUAGUGCCUCAACACCAGGCCAAAACAUAAAGCAGACACCUCCAUCUGGGCGAGGAUCCCAGAAGGGUACUACCUCAACUACUCCUGUUGGUCGAGGAAAAUUGAGAGAAUCCCCUCUACUCACUAGGACGGGAAAGUCAGGAGUACCCAGCUCCCCAAACUUUAGCCGGAAACCCCCUCCGCCAGCACCUCCAGUUAGAAGUGUAACCAGGAAGGAUUUACCUCAGUCUAGUGCAAUUCCAGCGGCCAAACCUGUUCUCCAGGCAAACCCUGCUCCCCCACCGACAAACAUGCUGGAGGAGGAGAGACAGGGAAGUAAAAGUGGACAGACGCAAGCCGACGAGAUGAAGAACAACAGCGAAAUGGUGAGGAAGAGAGACAGUGCCAGUUCUCAGGAGGAGAAACUCAGUGAGGAGGUAUAUGAUACACCUCCCACUAAUAGGUGGCAACAUCCAGUUUCUGCAGUGCCUUCUGAGGAGGAUGAUGGAAUUUAUAACACUCCUCGUGCUCUAACCGUUAACAACGAUCAGGUUUCUGAGAUUUAUGAUGUUCCCACCCUGGCCUUGAAUUCCUCAGAGCAUCAGCAGCAAACCUACAAUAUUCCAGGAUCUGCUGCUGCAAUUGGAGAUGCAGAGGAUGAGGAUGUGUACAGUGUUCCCAGUCUUCCUGGUUUACCCUUGGAGGCAAGCGAGCUGUCGGGAUUAACUGUAGAAACGGUUGUAAACGGACGUAGCUAUUCGAUUUCCAGUCUGAGAAAGCAAGAUGCGAUUGACGAUGUGUCAGAACCUGACGGAGGCAUCUACGACAUGCCUGCCCUCAAUCUGGAAAUCCCAACGCGCCGCUUGUCUGUAUCAAGCACUGGCUCUGGGGACAUCCAGUGGAAAACGUCACUCUCAACUCUAGUCCAAUCCGCUUUAGCCUCCGCCUCUCUCCCCACCACCCCGUCCCGGGACCUCGCCGCUGCUUUGGCUGAGAUCCUUUCCAUCUGGAAGGCUGGCCAUGUUGGAGAUAUUCCUCCAGUUCUCCAGCAUGCUUGGUCACGUCUUUCUGACCUCCUGCCUGCCCUCUCAGUGUGCGGUACUUCCCCUCCAGCAGACGGUCUGCUCUCGAUGGUCCGUGGUGCUCUUGAAGACUCUGCCGCCCUUUUACAAAGCCAAACAAGACCUCGUCUACCUUCCCAGGACUCUCUGUCCCGAAGGCCUCUACCUGCAUUGCCAGUGGCAGAGGUCAAACCGAUAGCAGGGGACAUGGGGUCACGGAAAGGCAGCUGGAUUCAGGAACGACCGCUGCCGCCUCCACCACCCGCUGCCUUCCCAUUGCCCCCAGCACCAGUUUCUUUAGUUCCUGCUGUGGGAAGGAUGGAGGAUGAGGAACCAGGCAAUGAGUAUGCAGGAAUCGGCCUCACUCCUACACCACCGCCAUCAUAUCCUGUAGGUGAUAGUGUGGGAUACGUCAAACUGCAGGGGAAGCCGGAGCCUCCACCAGACACCCAUACAGAGCACAGUUCUUCACAGCUUAUCACCUCAACUGAUAAUAAAUUGAGUCCUUCACCGCCAGUCUCUAUGUCUCUGGAGGAUUCAGAGCUGCUUUCCUUCUACUCUUCUCAGAGUCUCUCUCAUCUUUCUUGUCUUGCUGAUGCCAUCGACUCACUGUUCACAAGUGUCCAAGGGAACCAGCCACCCCGAGUCUUUGUUUCCAGGGGCAAAAGUCUCAUUGUGACCGCACACAAACUUGUCUUUAUCGGAGAUACACUAGCACGGCUUCUCAGCUCUUCAGAUCUCAGAGCAAAGGUCACCACCUCCAGCGGACGCCUCUGCCAAGCUCUGAAGGCUGUUGUUGUGGCAACCAAGGGCGCAGCCCAGAAUUACCCUUCAGUUCCUGCCACGCAAGAAAUGGUGGACAGAGUAGCGGAUCUAUCCCAGCAUGCAGCUGGCUUCUCGGGGCUCCUGCAGCGAUUAGCUGAGAUAUCUUAAUGUUAUUUGUGAGGAGUUUUUCCUUUAUUAUUUUUUUUUCACAGUGGAAUGCCUUAUUAUUUUUGUUAUUUUUAUAAAUAUAUAUAUAUUUCAUAAAUGACUGCGUUCAAGGAGGUAUCAAAAGCGUGUCACUGCUUGUAUCAGUGAAACAGUGAUCAAACAGUGUGUUGGAGUGUAUCUGCUUGCCUGUGUAAGUUGACACACUAUAGAGGGGUGUUUUUCUUUCAUUUUCUUAGUUUUUUUGUGGUGCCAAGCACACUUAAAUUGUUUAAAAAAUAACUUAUUGAUGGGUGUUUUGUGUGAAGAUGUUUGCAACCUCAGGCACAUUUUAAUAGCUUUAUUUUGUCCCCUUAAUUAUAUUGGCAUCAAACAAUGUAAAAGUGGUCUUCUCUGUUUAAGGGUGCUCUUGUAAACUGGUCUUAUAUUCAGUUUGUUUGUAAAUGUGAAGUGGCCUUGGUGUUAUAGAGAUUGAAGUGAUUAAUUUCACAGCCCGGGAGAGUUUAGUUGUACUGCAAAAUGUUAACAAAACAGAUAAAGCUAACCGGGAUUCAGAAGUUGAGCAUUAAGGAAUGCUUGAUUAUUUAAACACACUAUUUGAAUGAGAAAACCGAUCGUUUACUGAAUUUCUGGAAGUGAAAUCGGAUAGAUUAUUUUCCCACAAUGCUGAUUCAGAGAUAAACCUGUCUGUCAGGUCCAUUUUUUUCACUCACUGCUUUAUUUUCUCUUCCCACAAUUCUCACACUCCCACAGUCAGUUUUUACACAUGCUCACCAAGGCAGCUUAUGGGUUUAGGCAACAACUCUUGCACAAUAAAUAUAAUACAGGGUUUUUGUUUUAAAAUAGGCUAUGCAGCAUUUCUGAAAACAGCAAUAUAUAUAUCUAUCAGAAGCUUCCAGGGUGGCUGGCAGUCGAAAUGCUGGUGCUUACAGUAAUUCAUAUGCUAACUGUCUCGGUUUAACCAAACUGAGCUCUGCUUACACAGGUUGAAACAUGCACCUGUCUUGAAAAAUCAAGUCAUUGUCAUAAAUGUACUCUCAUGUUUACAAGACGCCCUCAUAUGCCAUAAGUCAAAGCCCGUUCCUCCAUCUGUUAAUUCCUCCAUCUGCUCUCUCGAUCUGUCUGUAAAUACCCACAUCUCCUCAUUUUAUAUUCAGGAUUUACAUGUCGGCCACCGAUAUAACGCUGUCAGUGUUAAUAUUGCUGUUUGAUUUGACUGGUUCAUUGUGUUUUUACAGUGACUUGCAUUUUAAAGAUUUAGCCAUAAAAUGUCACAGUUUAAAUCUCAAGUAGCCUUCCUUUUAUUACUGCCUUUUGAAAAACAGUGGCCUUUUUAGUUUUUACAUAUUUUGUCAGUCCUUUCAAGAUGGAAGCAGCAGAUUCGGUGUUUAAAAAUCUAAUUGAGUGGAUUGAGUUGUUUGGAUUGUUUACUCUGGUGUUGGUGUGUUGGUUGAUUUAAAGUGCCAUCUUGUGGACUUUAUCAGUAUUACUACACCACCUACUUGCAUUAUAUUAAAAAUAAUAACAGGGCACCAAACAGUUACUUCAAAGUAUUCAUUUAAACAUUUUCUGGGAGAAAUUGAACAGCUUUUUGAAGAUUUAAUUUUCUUCUGUACAAAAAUAUCCUUGUAUAUAUUCACACUGCAUUAACACAAUAGUUCUCAGAAAGCAAGCGUUCCUCUCAAAUAUCUCACUAACUUUGUUUGUCUUAUGUUCUUAAAUUAAGUGCUUAUAGUAAUGCUUAGAUUUGCUAUACAGUUAUAUUUAUUUGAUUAUUUUAAUCAAACGUCUGCAUGGCUUUAAGUUGCUUAUUAAAAGAAAUAUGCACAUAUAACCAGGGAUGUUUCAUGCGAAUUCGCAUUUAAUAAUUCAAGGUUUGCUUUUGAGAAUGUGAUUUUUUUUAUUAUCUGUUUUUAUUUAGUACCAGAAUGUAUUUUGACAUGCAUAUUUUGUGCUUCUUGACACUAUGUUAAUGUUCAUUUCGACAUUUUGUUUGUAAGACACGCUCCACUGGUACUUUGCAUAUAGGGAGUCUAUGGUACUUGUCAAAUGGUGAGAUUCUGCAAAAUACAUUUUUGUUAAUGAA